AUGGGUUCAAAUGGCAAGAUUGCUCUACCAGAACACUGGACAGAGCUCAGUGCGGCAAGGAUCCACAGACAACAAUGCGCCGACGACGUGGACGCCAUCAAGAAAACAUGCUUAGAACAAUGUGGCAAACAAAACGUGGUGGAUUGUGAGAAAUGCUUCCCCAAAGUGCUCGACAGGAUGCGCGCCCGGUACUGCGACGCCGAGGGAAGGGAAUGGUUCUCACAGCGAAGAGCGUUCUUAAAUGAGCUGGACGUUCUGUUCACCGAUGUUAAGGACCACAAGAAGAUCGACCUCAAGUAUAUCGAGGAUAGCAUCGAGUCAGAAAAGGAAGCGUGGUACCGCUGGGUGCUUCGCAUGUACCCACGCUUCCUUUCGACAGGAGACCGUGGUGCGGACCAAGAUGAGCUAAGAGCAAUGUUGGACGACCCGGUUAAGAGACGGGAAGAACUCAUUGAGAGGAUAUGGGAAGGUGUUGGAAAACCGACCAACUGGGAUGCCGAUGUGGAUUCGCUCACGGAGAAGAUUGCGGCGGCGAGGAAUAACGCAGCGGCUUUGAAGCAGCUUUACAUCACAUUUUUCUUCAAAGAUUCGGAAACGGGAGAGGUGUUGGACAGCGCGCAUCAAUAUCUGGAAGCAUACGAAGCGAGCGAUACAAUGACUAUCGAACAAGUCAUCGACCGCAUCGCACAGGACCACAAGGCAAGCCUUACGGCGGCGCCACAGCGGGACAGUCACAGGAGUCGUCUGGAUGAGUUGCGCAGAGCAAAGAUGGCAUUUGAGCAAAACAGGCUGCAGAAUAAGAGUCGAGCCCAAGCAAAUCAAGCGCCAGCCGUUCACGAAGAUCUGUACAGCCUGCCGCCAUGUGCAAUUUGCGCAAAGGCAGUGGAUACAAAGAACGUUAUCUCAUGCCCGAUUUGCCAGGCGUUUAGCCAGCCAGGCGGUGGAAAGAAGUUGACGCUAUACUGCUCGGAUGAGUGUCAUAGCAAGGGCUAUGACGAUCAUCUUGAGAAGGAGCAUAGUUGCGAAGCUGGAGACAAAUGUGUACAAUGCGACGAUAUGGAUAUGGACAUGAACAGCGGACAAAUAUCCGCGGUUAUGUGCAAACUAUGCGUCGAGCAAAAGCAGGCCACUAUAUACUGCUCGGUCGGGUGCGGAGUGGCCAACCUGUGGAAGCACAGAAAAGAAAAACACGGAGUCAAUACAAAUGGCUACGAGACCAAGCAGUUCUUGUUACCACUGGAGAAGACGGUGGAAAAGAUACUGAAGGAAGGGAGUCCUGGGCUGAAGAUGUCGACUGUUGGUGCGAUCGAAACUCAUCAACCUCUGCCUACACCUCCCCCAGCGCCGUCAAAGACUUUCACUAUCGACUUUGAAGUUCCCACGCAAUCAGACGUCGACGAGAACUUUGACGCUCUGCGCGACUCACAUGCGCAGUUCAUAGAGUCCAUCUUCCCCGCUGACUUAGGCGGCGAUAUCAGCAGCUUUGAAGACUCGCCCACAACAGGCUUCCCCACGCCGUCUUCAUCCCAGACGCACUCGAUACAAUCUCUCCAUGCCAAGCCCCAAUUCAACCUUGACUCGGCAGAGUCGUUGCUGGUUUCCUUCCGGGGGAUGCUAGUUCACUAUCCGUGUAUCGUGCUGAGGCCUGAAGAGACGGUGGCGAGUCUUGCGGCUACGAGGCCGUUUGUGUUGCUCGCGAUCUUGGCUGCUGCGUCGGGGUCGCGGACGUUGCAGGGCCAUACGCUUUAUGAUGAGGAGUUUCGAAAGGUGCUGGGUUUGAAGUUUGUUGCAGGGGGGGAGAGAAGUCUGGAAUUGCUGCAAGGUAUCUUGAUAUACUGCGCAUGGUAUCCUUUCCACCUGCGACCUAAGAACAAACAAGUCUUUCAAUAUUAUCGCAUGGCCGGUGAUCUCUCAACUGAUCUUGAACUGGAUCAGGAACUGCCCAUUCUCAACAGCACGAUGCCAGGCGAGAUGAACAGCAUGCAGCUUGAUCGACUGAGGGCAUAUCUGGCAUAUCAUUACGCCGUAUCAAACUUCGUCUACGCAUGGAGCAAGAUGGAUUACCUCGUCCCACCAUGGACGUCAUGGACUGCGAACUGCUGUGAGCUCCUCCAGCGCCAUGCAGAAGUCGACGGCGACGUAUCCCUGAGUUACCUCGUCCGACUUGCCAACAUGACGAGCACGGCACAUGUUUCCAUACAGAACAAUGAUCCCCAGGCGGAUCAGCAGGUGCAGCUCAUGCUAUUGGGGCUGGAGACUCAGCAUAAGGAGAUGAAGGAGAGUAUGGUGCCGCAUCUUGCUCGCUCAGCGCCUGUGAAACUGGCCCAUCUUUUCUUCGACGUCUUUCUCCAAGGCGGCGCCAUAUUCUACCUCACACGCAUCAACACAAAACGACCUCGUUUCGUGAACCCAUCUACAGCCCGCCUUAUACGCUGCGUAACCAACCUUCGCCUCCUAUUAGACCAUCUCAUCAACCUCGACAAUUUCACCCACUUCACCAGUGUAGACUGGACCAAAUUCAUUCUCUCCGUGGCCCUCGCCGUGCGCCUCUCAUUCCCCAUCACCGACGUUCCCGACUGGGACCACUCCUGGGCAAGUUCAAUCUUACGUUUCGAAGAAUUCCUCAAUGUCAUGUGCGACGGGUCCGAAGAGCUCACGCCGGCGAGUAAACGCGUAGACGUUCUAUCGGCCAGCCGGGUGAUUAUGCGUAUAGUGAAAGCCAAGUACGAGCGACGGACUGCUAUGCUCGCGGCGAGUACCAGGAUUGUGGCACAGGGAUGUCCUAUGUUUGAUAGAGCGAUGGAUCCGUAUAUAUCUGCAUGGGACGCAAAUUAUGAUAUGGCUUCUGUGAUGGCUACGCCGAGUGCGGAUAUGGAAGGACAGCAGGCCGUGUAUCAUGACUUGUGGGCUACCAUGACAAUGGGUUGGGCGAAUGAUGGAUUGAUGAAUGGAGAUGAAACAUGA